AAUUGCCUGCACAACAAUGCGGCGGUAAGAAUUUUGGAAAAGUGGAAAGCGAAACACAAUACGUCGCGUCUUCCUUUUUUCCUUCGGGUAUUUUUGCCGUCUGUCAUAUAAAUUUGGGGAUUCGUUCGCAAAAGCACACUCGUUUUCAAGCGAUCCUCUCAGAUCAACUGCCUAUAAACGUCCCUCUGACUGCGCUUCUCUUCCCCGUGCCGGACACGUAAAGGACAAGUCGUCGUGUCGCCCUCGUCAUGGCUCAUCUCACCAUCUUUGCGCCGCUCAUCCUUUCCUGCCUCUUCUCGGGCUUUGCCGCCUUGCCUCUCAAGUGCAACUUUCAGAGGAACUUCAACAAGGAAAACGUGGAGCUGCUUAAGUCUCUGGUGAGUUCACCUUCACGUGUGACCGCCUCUCGGUGUUUGGGCUCUGCGCUGUUUUCUUAUCUUUGUCUUCCUUCUCCUUUAACCAGGGAGGCGACUUCCCUAAGCAGUGCUUUUGGGAGAAAUUGAAAAUUAAUUUUCCAGUGGACUGCUACAGCUCUUCGAAGACCAGCGCCAGUUUUUUCAUUUACGAAGUUCUGCUUCAGAUUGAAAAGAUUUUUAUGAACGAGGGGAUGCCAUCGUCGUGGAAUGAAACCUGCAAGUUGACGUUUCGCAACAAUAUUUUCACCAAAGUGCAGGAGUUCAAGAAGUGUCUUCCUGCGGAUGCUGCUGAUCUCAGUGACAGAAGACUGGUGACACAUUUCGACGGGCUUCAGAAGAUUCUGAAAGAAAAGAACUACAGCUUCUGUGCGUGGGAGGUGAUCCGGGCCGACAUGAGGCGCCACCUAAUUCACUUACACAGCCUGGCUAAGUGACAGCCAUUCGCGGACUGCGCCUCCUGUGUCUUAUAAAGCUCAUUCAUUUCAUACGUUGUGCCUGGAUAUCUAGUAAUGGAUUGGCCGGCAAU